UGUCCGUCCUUGAAGGGCUUUCUGUGCUGGUUUGGAGAAGAAGCGUGUAUUUGGUAUCUGGCAUCAGUUCAUACAACAGCAAGAGCUCUUUUCUGUGGCUGGUUGAUAACUUUAACCUGUAAACCGUGAGCUGCUGGUUUAAAUAGGUUUGCUGGAAAUGCAUUAGAGAUAGCCUGAUGGCACUGAAGAAUCAGUGACAUCCACAUCAGGCGGACGCAAAGUUUGAGAGACGCCGUUGCCGUCCCAGCCGACAGAGCCAACCCUUUGCCCUUGCGAGAGUGCUUGGGGGCCCUCUGGAGAUCGGCUGAGCCCGUCCUAAGAGGGCAAGAGAGGCAGGGGCAGAUCGGAGGAGGCAAGACCGCCAGAGCUGUGACAUCAUCGCAUCUUUCCUCUUUUGCCGAAGUGAGUGAGGGGGAAGAGAGAGAGAGAGAGGACAGACAAUGUGUCAGUCAAGCGCCCUGCAGGGACCAGAGCUACACUCAGGGAAAUGGUUGCAAUUUCCCCAGCUGGCCUUGAGGCGGAGGUUGGGCCAGCUGAGCUGUAUGUCUAGGCCUGCUCUGAAACUCCGUUCUUGGCCUCUGACUAUUCUCUAUUACCUUCUGCCUUUUGGUGCUCUUAAACCUUUGACCAGAGUGAGAUGGAGGCCUAUGAGCAGGGUUUCCUUAUACAAAUCUGUGCCAACGCGACUUCUCUCCCGGGCCUGGGGACGCCUGAACAGUGUCGAGCUGCCCACCUGGCUCCGGAAGCCGGUCCUCAGCCUGUACAUCUGGACGUUCGGUGUCAACAUGAAAGAGGCAGCUGUGGAAGACCUUCACCACUACAGAAACCUCAGUGAGUUCUUCAGGCGGAAGCUGAAGCCCCAGGCCCGUCCCGUCUGUGGCAUCCACAGUGUGAUCAGCCCGUCCGAUGGCAAGAUCCUCAGCUUUGGACAAGUGAAGAACUGUGAAGUGGAGCAAGUGAAAGGCAUCACUUACUCCCUGGAGUCCUUUCUGGGCCCCUGUGCUCAUAAGGAGCACUCUAAGGGCAAGCCUGCCUCCUGCUGCGACUCAUUCCAAAGGCAGCUGGUGACAAAAGACAGCAACGAACUCUAUCACUGUGUGAUUUACUUGGCGCCUGGAGACUACCACUGUUUCCACUCACCGACCGACUGGAAAGUGUCUCGCCGGCGUCACUUCCCAGGCUCCCUGAUGUCUGUCAAUCCGGGGGUUGCUCGCUGGAUCAAAGAACUCUUCUGCCAUAAUGAACGAGUCGUCCUCAGCGGCUGCUGGAAACACGGUUUUUUCUCUCUGACAGCAGUAGGAGCCCAAAAUGUGGGAUCGAUCCGCAUCUAUUUUGACCGGGAUUUGCAUACAAACAGCCCUCGCUACAGCAAAGGCUCAUACAAUGACUUCAGUUUUGUAACCAUCAACAAUCAUGAGGGCAUCCCCAUGAGGAAGGGAGAACAUUUAGGAGAGUUUAAUCUUGGCUCGACCAUCGUUCUGAUCUUUGAGGCACCGAAGGACUUUAAUUUCUACCUGAAGCCUGGCCAGAAAAUCCGCUUUGGAGAGGCCUUAGGAUCUCUCUAGAGACUCCACUGCCAAGAGGGCUUUUUAUAUGCAACAGGGACUCAAUUCGUAAAAGGAAGUUUCUCUAUGGUGGGAGUAUUGCUCAGCGGGACCUGAGUGAGGAAAACGAGAGACCCUUGUUCUUAGAAUGGGGGUGCUGGCGCGUUCCCACCAUGAGAGGUGCAGACAUAUCAGGGAUUGUGGCCUUUAAGAAUGUUGACCAGGGUGGCUCCUCUUCCCUGUGCCUGCAGAAGGAGCCAUUUCUCCUCAGGACUCCGUCUGCAGCCUGGUUUUGCGCAGAACUGCAACGUCUGGAUUGAAACGCUGUCAACUCUGCAGUCAGAGGGAGGAAGGCGAGCAGGGAGAUUUCUUCUUUAACGGGAUACUAUCAGAUUCACCCGAGCGCCAUCUUUGCUCAUUCCAUCCCUCCACCCCACCCAUAUUCUUAAGUUGCGUUCCACACCAGACUGAACAGUCCAGUGCGCAAACAAGGAGAUACUUGACAGAGUGGAAUAUACAAACUUCCAAGUUCAGUUGUGAACCCUAUUGUUUUAGAACCCUUUUACAAAUCUGGUACUAUCCCUUUAAAGCAGAAAUCUGCACUGUAUUGUUAAACCUCAAACACUGUGUCCACAUUCCAUGUUUGACUUGAUCUCGUUUUUUGUCUUUAGGAAGUCUUUUACGUGUAGCUCCAGCUCACUCCAACCUUUAUCAUUCUGUCUUGCAAUUCUGGGCCUUCACCUUUUGUGUUGUUUUGUAUGGGAGAUACCUAGUCUCUUGUUAAGUUUGGAACAUGAAAAAUACAAGAUUUAUUUUUUCUCUGCAAAGGCAGUGGGACGUCUCUUGCUAUGGAAAGUGGUGAGAGUUGCGUUUCCUUUCCUUGUGCAGCAACUCAGCUGCCAUGAGCCUGGGACAGGGGAAGAUCAUGCCCGGCCAGGACUUCCUCAACACAAACUGCAAAUAUGCAGAAUUCACGUAGCCACAGGACAGGCUAUUAAAAACCAUUUGGGAACGCCUGAGUAAUCCCCCCAUUCUCCUUGUGUGUAUUAACCUUUCCCCACUCUUUGCUGGAUUUGGAAAAUACAUAAAAACCCAAAUUUGCCCAGGCCAGCUUGAGAAUUCCAUUCUGAAGGUUCAGCCUACAAGCACCAGGAGUGGGGGCGCUCAGUGGCAAAAUGUUAAGUGUUGCUGCGUAGACAAGUAAUAAGGGGAGCCUUAAAACUUAUUAUGCCUUUUUUUCUGGGAGGGGAUUCAUAGCAAUUGGUGCCAAAGGGGGAGAAAAGAGAUUCAUUUUAUUUAUAUCGUUUGUGUUUUGUUCUUGAACUCAAGAAACCAUGCUGUGAACACGGAUGAGGGUCCGGCGUGUUGAAUUCAUCUAGCUUUGACGUUACAUCCCUCCCCUUGAAGUCUCAUUUUUAUGCUUUCCUCGCUUGAGUCUUACCUGUCUCUGUAUACACACACCAGACACAAAAGAAGCUCUCUCUUCCUUUUCACAGACAUCGCUGUCAUAAAAGAAGCCAAGACAAGUUCCUGGCUGUGAUUAUGCUAGAGAAGAGAGCGAGUGCCGUUCGAGGCAUUAUGCUUCUGUUGCAAUGAUGGCAGCCCCUCUCCGAUGCUGAUGGAGGGCAGAGAAAGAGGAGGAGGAGGAGAGGUGGCAGGGCCUUGGUGAGCCCGGCUGCUCAGCCAUCAUCCUCACCUUUUUGCUCUCUAACCAGCUAACUGCCCUGUUUAACCCUAGGACAGAAAGGUGGCUCACAGUUCCUCCAUGAGCGCAUGAGGAGAGGGGAAAGUGCCUGAAAUGUGGGAUGCUAGCGUGGCAGAGGGGGAAAAAGCCUUGCUUCAUCCGGUUGCUCCUUCACCGGCUUCCACUUAGGCUGCUUUGCCAACCCCCCUUUGAGCUUUCAUUUCUCAUUACGGAGCUUGUGUAGCGGUCCUGGAGGUUCUGCCGCUUGUCCAGGAGAAAGGGAUUCUGCUGGAUGAGCUUCUGGUGCUGGGCCAGGUCCAGAGGAGGAGAUUGGGGCUGGGCCGGCUGAGAGCCAGAGGUGGUCACAUUGAUCCUAAGCAAAAUGGGAGCGGGUUUCUUGGUGGCGCUGUGAAUUUCUCCUGCAUGGAGAAUCCAUCCAAUUUUUCAACUGUAUCAGUAGCACAGUAUUUUUGUAUGUCAAAAUGUACAACUUAAGGACAUUAACUCAUUAAUUGCAAACGUUUUAAAAUAAAAAUGAAUGACUUAU